UGGGAGGGGCGGGGGAAAAGAAGCACUGGUUGUGGAUUGUCACGCGUGCGAAGGGAAGCGAAGCGGCGUGUGUCCUGAUUCUGCCCAGCAUGCGCAUCUUCAUCGCGCCCAUGCUUAUCUUCUUGUGCGGGAUCGGCGAGCCGCGUGGCAUUCUGCUUGUUCGCCACUCUGCCAUGGCGCUCUACGUAGCCCAUGCACGGUGGCGAUUUGGAAGGACGCACGCGCCUCGGCCAUCAGGCCUCGCUCUGGACAUUUCAAUCGCCACCGCCAGGCAGUAUAGCCUGCCCCCUUCCCCCCCCCCCCCAGAAGGCUUGCUGCACGCUGGCCAACGGUGUGGGAGCACCAAGCAACCGUCCAAAGUACCGUACGGGCUCGAGGGCAUACAACAGGAGCGGGGGCGCAUGAUGGAUAUCAAGAAUUGUCGAGUGGCGAGGGGCGCUUCUGUUUGUGGUCGCAGUGCUUCGAUCCAAUUCAUUGGAGGCCGGUGGCGCUCAUUUCGUGAGCACAUUUCGUAUAUAACAUCUCCCCCACCCUCCCGUCGCGAUCGUCGCAGCACAUUGCCCAACAACACACCCCGGACGAGAUUGACAUCUCGAAGAGGGAGGAGAGACACUUUCAUCCGCAAGCAUCUUUCUUUCUGCCCCUCGUCCUUUGCCCCCUUCCAAUCUCGGCAACAGCUUUCCUGAAGAAGGUGGAAGCUGCUGAAGCAUCAAAAGCUUUCACCGCGCUCUCUUCGCUUUGGUGAAUAGUAGGAGAUUUUUGAAUGAACACC